GUUCACUUCACGGUGAUCAUCAAGAGUGAUCCAACUAGUGAUCAACUUCCUCCCGGCUCAAGUGGAUUCUUCCAAAGUGGCCCUGGAAGAAGUUCUGGUUAUUAUUUGGUCAGCGGAGACUCCGAAAUUAAUGGUGGUCCUGGCUCUUCCGGUGGGAGACCAUUCUCUAUACCUGGCUCCAAAAAUCCAGGAGGAGGUCAGGCGGAGCGUUAUGGGGCCUUGGCAACUGGGCCUUUGGCUAUCGCAGGAAGCUCGGUUGGAAGCUCGGGUGGAAGUGACUAUUCAUUAGAAGAGGGCGUUUCCGUUACUCGUCGUCAGACAACAGUUAUUAUUGUUAUGGCAGGUGUGGCCGGUGUUUUUUGCCUGGCGCUGGUCUGUGUGAUUAUUGCGCUUAAACGAUGUCCCCCAAUUGAUUCGCACUCAUCCGAUCCCGGAAACAGUAUAGCAGUAAAAGGCAUGUACACUUGA